AUGGCGCGUGUUGCAUUUCAUGAUUACGAUGAUGAUUCCUUUUCAUCUUUCCCUCGCAGUACUUAUUCAAUAUCGGUCUCUCGCUCAUAUUCAGCCUUAGAUGAAAUUUACCGCCCCGAUUGGGGCUAUAUUCCCAAACAACCCGACUCGCAAACAAAGCCUCGUGGUGCGACAAGGUCCAAGCACGAUGGGGCUCUCACCCUCUCCGAUGCCCCUUUUCAGGGGACUUGGGCCUGGUCCGCCACUAAGGACGUUUCUCCAUACUACAAUUCAGACACCGAGGGUGCCCAAUUCUCAAGCUGGGCUCUUCUCGAUUCGCUCACCCUUACUAGGGGAAUCCUAAUUCGAUGGUUCAUGGGAUUCUGGAAUUCACACCAAGUAUCGCAUUUCGCUACAUUCUUCAUUGAUGCAAGAGUCGAGAUAUCUAUUGCUGAGAUGGGCGAGCUGACACUGAUCAUUCCACUUGCCCUAUGGGGGGGACGAAGCGACCGUCGCACCCGCCCAGGGCUGAAAAGGGCUCGGGGCGCAAGGGCACCCUCACCCCCUCGAUGUUUCGAUAAUGCAUCUGUGGGUCAUCCGUCGAGUGGGGUUUCGACAUUGAUCCUUCCACAAAUCGCUCUACCAACUAAGAACGGCCAUACACCACCACCCAUAGAAUCAAGAAAGAGCUUUCAUUCUAUCAAUCCGUACUAUGUCUGGACCUGUGCUGAAGGAAUGACCUGGGUAAUUAAGUCCAGGAGUGCAUCGUCGGUAGUAAGGACAAGUAGACCGGUGCUCACCAUAAGGCAGACCAGACGACCCUACCCUAGUUCCAACUAUGAGCCUUUUAAAUACAACAACUUAAAUAUACGCUAUUGGAGCUAG